AUGACAGCACCGAACCCCGAGACCAGGAAACUGUCCCGGAUCGGCAUCGUAGGUGCCGGCAACAUGGGCACGAUGAUGUCCUUCGGCUUCGCCGACAACGGGCUGGACGUGUCGCUGUGGGACGUGUCGCCGCAGAACGUCGACCGAGCGCGCGAGAUGGCGGCCGACGGGCCCCAAGACACCAACGGCAAAAUCGACCACUUCAACGACAUCGACGCCUUCGCGCGCAGCCUGGACGCCCAGCCGCGCAAGCUCUUCGUCUUCUCCAUCAGCCACGGCGCCCCCGCCGACUCGGUGCUGGAGAAGCUGCGGGACGAGCUGGGCGAGGGCGACAUCAUCCUCGACGGCGGCAACGAGCACUACCGCAACACAGAGCGCCGGCAGGAAGAGCUGCGGAAAAGGGGCGUGAGCUGGGUCGGCAUGGGCGUCAGCGGCGGCUACCAGGCCGCGAGGCGCGGCCCCAGCAUGUCGCCCGGCGGCGACGAGGCUGCCGUCCAGCUCGUGCUGCCGCUGCUGGAGAAGUUUGCCGCCAAGUCGGCAAAGGAUGGGACGCCCUGCGUUCAGUACAUGGGUCCCCGCGGAGCUGGCCAUUACGUCAAAAUGAUCCACAACGGCAUCGAGAACGGCAUCUUGUCCACGGUCUGUGAGGCUUGGAGUUUCUUGAACAAGUCUCUAGCCCUGCCUUAUGAUGAGAUUGGUGACAUCUUUGAGAAGUGGAAUGCCGAGGGCGAACUCAAGAACACGUACCUUAUCCAGAUUGGUUCCGAGAUUUGCCGGCGUAAGAGAACCCCCGCGGGAGAUGAGCGGGGAGAAGGAAAGGGCGAAGGCGGCUACGUUCUGGAUGACGUCCUCGACAAGGUGGUGCAAGAUGAUGACGACACCGAGGGAACUCUCUACUGGUCAAUCAUGGAAGCAGCAGACCGCCACGUCUCCGCACCCACCAUCGCAGCCGGCCAGUUCUUCCGCGUGGCCAGCGGAAACCGCGCCCAGCGGCUGAAGGUCGCCGAAAAGAUGAACGUCCCAAAGCCUCGGAAGGCCGACGUCGAAGACAAGGACGCCCUCAUCGAGACUCUCCGCAAGGCCGUCUACGCUUCCUUCCUCGCUUCCUUCUGCCAGGGCCUCGAGCUCAUUGCGCGCGCUUCCAAAGAUGAAGGCUGGGGCAUCAACCUCGCCAAGUGUAUUCAGAUCUGGAGAGCUGGUUGCAUCAUCCAAGAAGACCACAUAGCCGAUAUGCUCGAGCCCAUCCUCCUGAAUGCGAAAGAGCCCAUCAUGAACAUCAAGCUUAUCGACGAAGUCUCGUCAGACCUGCAGAAGAAUUUCCAACCGUUGAAGGAGAUUGUUCUCAAGGGCAUCCAAUGGGACAACUAUGUCCCCUCCCUGAGCGCAACUCUCGAAUACCUCAAGUACGUGGGCGGGGGGAUGCUGGCAACGCAGUUCAUGGAGGCGGAAAUGGACUUCUUUGGCGCCCAUUCUUUUGACAGACCAAACGUACCGGGCGAGGAUCCUGGCAGGCCCAAGAAGGGUUCUCAUCACUACGAGUGGCGCCCCGCCGCGUAA